CGAUGCAUGUUAGCAACGUAGCUAGCUAUAUUAUUUAUUCGAUUAUAUUCGCUAAGGAGCUUAACAAGCUAACGUUAGGUAACUAGCCUGGAAACAAUCUAGCUAAGUUAGCUGACUGCAUACGUGUUUAUUGCUUUAUUAACGAUAGCUAGUUGGCGACUUUGUGUACUGUUCGUUUUAUUUAGAUUGACUUGCAGCUAGCUAACGUUAGCAAGCACAAAAAGGGAAAGAUGCCUUACAGUGACAUGGAAGACGCACGCAAGCACUUCAUUCUUACAACAACAGGGAACUAUUUUGGCCUGAAGACUUCCUCAGACCCAAUCAUCUCUUCAUUAGCUGAUUGCAGAGAACUGAACAACUUUUUAGAUGAUGGGAAUGAAUAUGUGCUUUCAGUAUACCAACCUGGAAGCAAACUGCAUAUGUCAAACAAGAUUGAUUGUGGGGACAGCAAAGACAAGAUACUUGUAUUUUUCAAACUACGGCCCACUGUGAUCACAGAAGACAACCUCCACAGCACUGUGCUGGUCUCCUCCAUGCUGGAGUCCCCCGUAAACACACUCUAUCAGGCCGUGCGACAAGUGUUUGCGCCAGUACUGCUAAAGGAUGAAAAAUGGAGCAAGACUUUUGACCCCAAGCUGCAGAGCUUGCUGAGUGACCUGGAGGUGGGUCUCGGCUCAGUGGUUAGGCGGUCAGACUCAGAAAAUUCCGGAAAGAGAAGCUUCAAAGAGGAUGAUGUCUUGGGUAUUCUGACUCCUAAUGAUGAGUUUCAGUACUGGGCAGACCUCUCAAAGCUGGGUGAGAAGACGGGCAUUAAAGAGAGGGCAGCCCAUUUCUCUCAGUUGUUUCAGCCCAUUGAGAAGGAUUAUAGCAGCCUGGACCGUGUGGUUUUAGCUGAUGCGAUGGAGCUGGUGGACUGCACCAGAGACACCGUGGACGACGUAUGGCGACAGAAUGACCACGACCCAUACCCUGAAGUCCGCAUGCGGCGUCUGAUGGAUGUCAUAGGUGGAGCUCUGGGCAGAUACGUGCAGAAGAAGCUGAGUUCCUUGAAGCUGUGGGAGGACCCCUUCUUCACAGUCAAGGAGAGCCUGCGAUCGGGCAUAGCUGUUUGUGAGCGAUGGGUGGGCGCCUGUGAUCACCUGACAGGGCAGCUGUGGAGGCGCUACGCCCCUCACCCAUGGAAAGGUGAUAAGUAUCAGCCACAGCUGCUACAGAGCCUUGCCUACAGACUGGAGGAGGUGGUGAUGAUUCGCACGGUUCACGAGAAACUGCUGCGGCUUCUGCCAGCCGGGAAGGGGCAAGCGCUCUCCCCAGCCCGCGUCUUCCAGCCUUUCGCUGGUCUGAACCCGCUGCAGUACAACCCCUACACCGAGCCUCUUUGGAAGGCUGCCGUGUCACAGUUUGAGAAGGCUGUCUCGCCUGCUGAGCUGGAGGCUGCUGGCAAGUUAAAAGUUAGCAUUGGAGAUGUCCAAGACAACCCACAGCAGCUUCUUCAAGUGUUUCAGAAGUAUAAGGAACUAAUCAAGAGGCCCAACGUUAGCAAGGAUCUGCUUCCUGAAAGGGAGACUUUACAGGCUAAGCUUCUGGACUACAUCAAGGGACUCCACACAGACUUUGAGAGCCGUUGUCAUGGCGUCCCGGGAGAGAAGUCUGGUCCCCUUGCUGGCAGGAAUCUCCCUGAGGUUGUCAACAACAUUGUGUGGGUACGACAGCUUGCACUGAAGGUGGAGGAUUCUAUCAAAAUGGCGGCAGCUCUUCUGUCGGACCUCUCUGGGCACCGUCCUUUCGUCAAGUUCUCCGACGAACUGCAAGAGCAACUGCGGGCUUACGAGCAGGACCAGUUUGACGACUGGUCACGAGACAUCCAAUCAGGUCUCUCCGAUCCAAAGUCUGGAAUCAGCCUGCAGGCCAGUGGCCGUGUGAUGGAGCUGGACCACGUGGAUGGGAAGCUGAAGAUCCAGUACUCAGACCGGCUGGUAGCCCUGCUGAGAGAGGUCCGUCAGCUCUCCGCCCUGGGGUUCGCCAUCCCCGCCAAAGUCCAGCAGGCCGCCAACACGGCAGACAAGUUCUACAGACAGGCCGUCAUCCUCAAACAGGUGGCUCAUUUUUACAACACCAUAGAUCAGCAGAUGAUUCCGUCACAGAGGCCCAUGAUGCUGAACUAUGCCUUGGCAUUUGAACAAGUGAUAAAGCAGAAUCCACGGUCCCAAUCUCGGGAGUCAGGGAAACUGCAGAUCACCUGGGACAAUCCCAAGGAGCUGGAGGUGUACAUCGGCAAGCUGCAGUCCUCCGCCGAGCGCCUCUCCACGGAAAACAGGAAGCUGAGGAAGUGGCACACGGACUUCACCGAGAAGGUGGUGACGCUGAUGAACGUCGACCUGCUGCGUCACCAGCAGCGAUGGAAGGACGGGUUACAGGAGCUCCGAACGGGAUUCGCCGCGCUCGAGUCACAGGGUUUCCGGUCGGGAGACAUGCGAGCCUGGCGCCAGCACUGGAACCAUCAGCUGUACAAAGGCCUGGAGCACCAGUACCAAGUGGGACUGGAGGCCCUCAACAAGAACCUUCCAGAAAUCAACGUGGACCUGAUUUUCAAGCUGGGCAGGCUCCAGUUCAGGCCCCCGUUUGAGGAAGUGAGAGCCAAGUACUUCAGAGAGAUGAAACGCUUCAUCUCCAUCCCCAACCAGUUCAAGGGCGUGAGCGAGCCGGGCGAGGAGCCCAUCUUCCCCGUCAUGAUUGACAGGAACGCCAGCGGCUUCGUCACCAUCUUCAGCAAGGCGGAAGACCUCUUCAGCCGGCUCCUGCUCGUGCAGGACAAGUUCAAGGACUGGGUAGUGCUGGGUCAGGUAGAUCUGGAUGCUCUGGUUGAGAAGCAUGUCCACACUGUGCAGGACUGGGAGAGGAACUUCAAGGCCCUGAAAGCCAGGGGGAAGGAGUCGGAGCGCUUACCCAGCACGGAGAAGGUGGACUGCAUCACUGUCAACUGUGACCCUGUGAAGGCGGCGAUUGAUGAUCUGAUCCAGCGGCUGUUUGAUUCUCUCCUGCUCUCUUUGAGGAAAUCCAUCCAGGCUCACACGCAGGACAUUGACACCUUUGUCACUGGAGCCAUGGAGACCCUGUCAACCAGGCCUGAGAGCAUCGAUGAAAUAGGCCAGGCCAACGUGAAGCACGGGGAACUGCAAGAGAGAAAGCCCCACAUCUUGCCCCUGUUCCAGGAAGCGGAGGAUAAAAACAGACUGCUGCGCACGGUGGCGGGUGGGGGCCUGGACUCCAUCAGCUCCCUGAGAGCCAAGUGGGACAAGUUUGAGCUCAUGAUGGAGAGCCAUCAGCUCAUGAUCAAAGAGCAGGUGGAGGUGAUGAGGUCCAAUGCGGAAACCCACAUCCAGGCGUACCAGCAGGAGCUGGAGAAGUUCCGUGCUCGCUGGGACCAGCUGAAGCCCAGCAAUGAUGUGAUCGAGUCUGGAGACCGGGAGGCCCUUCAGAAAUGCGUCCAGACCAUUAAAGAGAAGAAGGCUGAGUUUGACCAGCUGGAGAACACCCGCAAGAAGCUCAUAGAGGACUGUCGCCAUUUUGACCUGAGUCUGCCCGACUUCUCCCUGGCCCUGGAAACCAUCAGAGACAUGGAGGCGCUCUCUGAGAUGUGGUCACUGUAUGAGGAGUUCCAGGAGGGCUUUGAGGACAAGGCGAAGGAAGACUGGAUCACAUUCAGGAGCAAAACCCAUGUUUUUGAAGAGUUUCUCUUCGCCUGGCACGACAGGCUCAGAAAACUCGAGGAGCACACCACCAUGACUGUCAAACUGCAGAAGGAGAUAGACAAGUACAAGGCGGUGGUUCCGGUGCUGAAGUACGUACGGGGCGAGCACCUCUCGCAGGACCACUGGCUGGACCUCUUCCGUCUGCUGGGCCUGCCGCGGGGCACCACGCUGGAGAAGCUGCUCUUCAGAGACCUGCUGAAGGUCUCCGACGCCAUUGUGGACAAGGCCAUGGAGCUCAAGGACCUGAACAGCCGGGCUCAGGCGGAAGUGAGCAUCCGUGAGGCCCUGCGGGAGCUUGACCUGUGGGGGGUGGGGGCCGGCUUCACCCUGACCGACUACCUGGACAGCCAGGGCCGCACCCUCCGGCUCAUCAAGGACUGGAAGGACAUGGUCAACCAGGUGGGCGACAACCGUUGCCUCCUGCAGUCUCUGAAGGACUCGCCCUACUACAAGGGCUUCGAGGACAAGGUCUCUCUGUGGGAGACCAGGCUGGCCGACCUGGAUGAGUACCUGCACAACCUCAACGCCAUCCAGAGGAAGUGGGUCUACCUGGAGCCCAUAUUCGGCCGUGGCGCCCUGCCUCGGGAGCAGGCCCGCUUUAAGAGGGUGGAUGAAGACUUCAGGGCCAUCAUGGCAGACGUGCAGAGGGACAGCAGGGUCAUGUCACUCUCCGCUCGUGUUGGAAUUAGGAACUCCCUCAUCACCAUCCUUGACCAGCUGCAGAGGUGCCAGAAGUCUCUCAACGAGUUUUUAGAGGAGAAGCGCUCGGCAUUCCCCCGCUUUUACUUCAUUGGGGACGACGAUCUCCUGGAGAUCCUGGGCCAGGCCACCAACCCUGCGGUCAUCCAGUCCCAUCUGAAGAAACUGUUUGCUGGUAUCAGCAGUGUGGAUUUUGAUGAAGGCUUCCAGAACAUCACAGCUAUGAAGUCCCUGGAGGGUGAGGUGGUCCCACUGAGAAACAUGAUCCACAUCUCAAAUGAUGUAGAGGUUUGGCUGAGGGAUCUGUCCAUAGAGAUGAAGGAGACGCUGAAGCAGCUCUUAUGUGAGUGUGUGACAGCGGGGAAACGGGGAGAUGUGGAUCCCUCACGCUACCCCUCGCAGAUCCUGUGCCUGGCGGAGCAGAUACAGUUCACUGAGGAUGUGGAGAGCGCCAUCUGCCAACAGGGCCUGCAGCAGCUUGAGAUGGAGCUGAUGGCCAAGCUGGAACACUACACCAGUGUGGACAGCAGUACUGAGGGAACGGGGGGCGCAGACUCCAGUGUGCUGCAGCUGAAGCUGAAGGCUCUGAUACUGGACAUCAUCCACAACAUGGAGGUGGUGAAGCAGUUGAUGGAGGCCCAGACCCACACCACCGAAGCCUGGGCCUGGAAGAAGCAGCUGCGCUUCUACCUUAGGCAGGACAAACACUGCUCCAUCCAGAUGGUGGAUGCCCAGUUCCACUACACCUACGAGUACCAGGGCAAUGCUGCCAAGCUGGUCCACACUCCGCUCACGGAUAAGUGUUAUCUUACCCUCACACAAGCCAUGAAGAUGGGCUUAGGAGGCAAUCCCUACGGGCCCGCUGGCACCGGCAAGACCGAGUCGGUCAAGGCCCUGGGAGGGCUGUUCGGCAGGCAGGUCCUGGUGUUCAACUGUGAUGAGGGUAUCGAUGUGAAGUCAAUGGGCCGUAUCUUCGUGGGGCUGGUGAAGUGCGGGGCGUGGGGCUGCUUCGACGAGUUCAACCGGCUGGAGGAGGCCGUGCUCUCGGCCGUGUCCAUGCAGAUCCAGGCCAUUCAGAACUCCCUGAAGAACCAGAGGAACUGCUGCGAGCUGCUGGGCAAAGAGGUGGAACUCGAUCCCAACUCUGGCAUCUUCAUCACGAUGAACCCGGCGGGGAAGGGCUACGGAGGACGGCAGAAGCUUCCGGACAACCUGAAGCAGCUCUUCAGACCGGUGGCCAUGUCGCGGCCGGACAACGACCUCAUCGCCGAGGUCAUCCUCUACUCCGAGGGCUUCAAGGAAGGCAAGGUCCUCGGCUGCAAGCUGGUGGCCAUCUUCAACCUCUCCAGGGAGCUGCUGACGCCCCAGCAGCACUACGACUGGGGCCUGCGGGCCCUGAAGACGGUGCUGCGUGGCUGCGGGGGCCUGCUGCAGCUGCAGAGGAGGAGCAGCGGGGGGAGCACGGUCCAGGAGAGCCACAUCGUGGUGCAGGCCCUGCGGCUCAACACCAUGUCCAAGCUCACCUUCGCCGACAGCUCGCGAUUCGACGCCCUGGUGCGAGACGUCUUCCCCGGCGUGGACUUCAGGGACGUGGAGUACAAGGCCCUGAGCGCCGCCCUGGAGGCCGUCUUCCAGGAGGCCAAGCUGGAGGUCAUCCCCAGCCAGGUGAAGAAGGCCCUGGAGCUGUAUGAGCAGCUGCGGCAGCGGAUGGGCGUGGUGGUGGUGGGGCCCAGCGGGGCGGGGAAGUCCACCCUGUGGCGCAUGCUGCGGGCGGCUUUGGGGCGCAGCGGGAAGACGGUGAGGCAGUACACCAUGAACCCCAAAGCCAUGCCCCGGCAGCAGCUGCUGGGACACAUCGACAUGGACACCCGCGAGUGGUCCGACGGGGUCCUGACCAGCAGCGCCCGCCAGGUGGUCCGAGAGCCGCAGGAGGUCAGCUCCUGGAUCAUCUGUGAUGGCGACAUCGACCCUGAGUGGAUCGAGUCCCUCAACUCCGUCCUGGACGACAACCGGCUCCUCACCAUGCCCAGCGGCGAGAGGAUCCAGUUUGGCCCCAACGUCAACUUCGUCUUCGAGACGCACGACCUCAGCUGCGCCUCCCCGGCCACCAUCUCGCGCAUGGGCAUGAUCUUUCUCAGUGAUGAAGACACUGACGUGAACUCCCUGGUGAAGUCGUGGCUGAAGGGUCAGCCGGACGAGUGCAGGAGUAACCUGGAGGGCUGGAUAGGAGAUUACUUUGUGAAGAGCCUGGACUGGGUUCUGAAGCAGAAUGACUUUGUGGUGGAAACCAGCCUGGUGGGGACCGUGCUCAACGGUCUCUCUCACCUCAGCGGUGUCCGGGAGCGUGGUCAGUUUGUGGUCAGCCUCAUCCGGGGCCUGGGGGGAAACCUCAAUUUCAAGUCCCGCGUGGAGUUCGCCAAAGAGGUCCUGAGCUGGGCCAGGGAAAGCCCGCCCGACCCACGGAAGCCUCUGGACACCUUCUACGACCCGGAGACGGGUCGCCUGGCCGCCUACCAGCUGCAGCGGGCCGACAGCCUGACAGUGGAGGACCUCAGUAACCCCCAGAGCUUACCGGUCAUCCAGACAGCGGACAUGCAGCGGGGUCUGGACUACUUCAGGCAGUGGCUGUGCACGGACCACAGACAGCCGUUCCUAUUGGUGGGGCCGGAGGGCUGUGGAAAAGGGAUGCUCCUGCGCUACGCCUUCUCCCAGCUGCGCUCCACCCAGGUGGCCACAGUGCACUGCAGCGCCCAGACCUCCUCCCGCCACGUCCUGCAGAAGCUCAGCCAGACCUGCCUGGUCAUCAGCUCCAACACGGGCCGCGUCUACAGGCCCAAAGACUGCGAGCGCCUCGUCCUGUACCUCAAAGACAUCAACCUGCCCAAGCCCGACAAGUGGGGCACCAGCAACCUCAUCGCUUUCCUGCAGCAGGUGCUGACCUACCACGGGUUCUAUGACGAAAACCUGGAGUGGGUGGGCCUGGAGAACAUCCAGAUUGUGGCCUCCAUGUCUGCGGGGGGCGCUGUGGGCCGCCACACGCUCACCUCCAGAUUCACCUCCAUCGUGCGCAUCUGUACCAUCGAUUACCCCGACAGAGAGCAGCUGCAGACCAUCUACAGCGCCUACCUCCAGCCCGUGCUGCAGAGGGGCGCGGGGGAGCCCUCGGCCUGGAGCUCGGCCGGGAAAGUGCACCAGCUCGCCGGGUCCCUGGUGCAAGUGUACGAGCAGGUCAAAGCCAAGUUCACGGUGGACGACUACAGCCACUACCUGUUCACCCCCUGCGUGCUGACCCAGUGGGUUCUGGGGCUGCUCAGAUACGACCUGACCGCCGGCAAAUCCCAGAAUGGCGUUGACACGGUUCUGGAGGUGGUGGCCUACGAGGCACGGCGUUUGUUUCGGGACCGCAUUGUCGGCACCAAGGACCUGAACGCGUUCGACAACAUACUGCUGUCGGCCAUCCGAGGAGACUGGAGCUCAGAUGUGCUGGAGAACAUGUCCGACAGUUUCUUCGUGACGUGGGGCGCUCACGAGGCGGGCGUGGUCAUGGCGCCCGGCCAGGCCCUGCCCCCUCACGGCAAGCCUCUGGGCUGCCUCAGCGCGGCUGACCUGCGUGAGGUCAUUCAGAAGGGUAUUGUCCUGUACGGGCGGGACAACCGUGAGCUGGACAUCCUGCUGUUCCAGGAGGUCCUGGACUUCAUGUCGCGAGUGGACCGGGUCCUGAGCUGCCCGGGCGGGUCCCUGCUGCUGGCGGGGCGUAGCGGGGUGGGCCGGCGGACCGCCGCCAGCGUGGUCAGCCACAUGCACGGGGCCGCGCUCUUCACCCCCAGGAUCUCCCGCGGAUACGGCCUCAAGCACUUCAACAACGACCUCAAAACCGUGAUGCAGUUGGCCGGGAUCGAGGGGCAGCAGGUCGUGCUUCUUCUGGAGGAUUACCAGUUUGUUCAUCCGUCCUUCCUGGAGAUGGUCAACAGCCUGCUGUCCUCUGGGGAGGUGCCAGGCCUGUACAGCACUGAGGAGCUGGAGCCUCUCCUCUCCAGCCUGAAGGACCAGGCGUCCCAGGAUGGCUUCUCCGGCCCCAUAUUCAACUACUUCUCCCACAGGAUCCAGCAGAACCUCCACCUCAUCCUCAUCAUGGACUGCUCCAACCCCAACUUCACCAUCAACUGCGAGAGCAACCCGGCGCUCUACCGCAAGUGCAGCGUGCAGUGGAUGGAGGGCUGGUCUGAGAGCAGCAUGAGGAAGAUCCCAGAGAUGCUGCUCUCUAAGGCCUCUGGAGAGGAGGACCACAGCAGUGAGAAGAAGGGUCCCAAAAGCAAAACAUCCGGUCACUCUGAUCUCUCCAAGUCCUUCCUGAGGAUCCACGAGUCGUGCAGGGAGUACGGGGCCACGCCCAGCCAGUACAUGGCCUUCCUGCAGGUGUACAGCUCCAUCUUCAGCAGCAAGCAGGCCGAGCUCAUCAAGAGACAGAGCCACCUACAGGCGGGCGUGUCCAAGCUGAACGAGGCCAAGGCGCUGGUGGACGAUCUGAAGGGGCGCGCAGCAGAGCAGAGCACGCUGCUGAGGACCAAACAGGCCGAGGCAGACGCAGCGCUGCAGGAGAUCACCGUCUCCAUGCAGAAUGCUAGCGACCAGAAGACGGAGAUGGAGAAGAUCAAAGGGAAGAUGGCGGAGGAAGUGCUGAAGAUCGAAGAGCGCAAAGCCAAGAUCGACGACGAGCUGAAAGAAGUGCAGCCCCUGGUGGAGGAAGCCCAGCGCGCGGUGGGCAACAUCAAGCCCGAGUCCCUCUCCGAAAUCCGCUCUCUCCGCAUGCCCCCGGACGUCAUCCGAGACAUCCUGGAGGGGGUGCUGAGGCUCAUGGGUAUUUUCGACACCUCGUGGGUGAGCAUGAAGAGCUUCCUGGCCAAAAGAGGCGUGAGGGAAGAGAUCGUGACGUUCGAGGCCCGGAACAUCUCCCACGAAAUCCGCGAGAGCGUGGAGGAGCUCCUGGACAGAAACAAGGCCUCGUUCGAGCCCAAGAAUGCUAAGCGUGCUAGCGCGGCGGCGGCGCCCCUGGCAGCCUGGGUGAAGGCUAACGUGCAGUACUCGCACGUCCUGGAGCGCAUACAGCCCCUGGAGAAGGAGCAGGCCGGCCUGAUGGAAAACAUGAGGAAGACGGAGAGCAGAAAGAACAAACUGGAAGACCUGCUGAACUCCGUGGGAGAAAAAGUGAAGGAACUAAAGGAAAAGUUCCAGGCCCGCACCACGGAGGCGGCCAAGCUGGAGGCGGAGGUGAGCAGGGCCCAGGAGACCAUCCAGGCUGCGGAGAAGCUCAUCCACCAGCUGGACGGGGAGCACACGCGCUGGAACGCCCAGGUGGCAGAGAUAACGGAGGAGCUGGAGACCCUGCCCAAACGGGCCCAGCUGGCUGCUGCCUUCAUCACGUAUCUGUCAGCCGCUCCAGAGGAUCAGAGGAAAGCCAGCCUGGAGGAGUGGAUGAAGUCCUCCGGCCUUCAAAGCUUUGACCUGCGCCGGUUCCUGUGCUCGGAGAGCGAGCAGCUCAUCUGGAAGAGCGAGGGGCUGCCUUCAGACGACCUCUCCAUGGAGAACGCCCUGGUCAUCCUGCAGAGCUGUGCCUGCCCCUUCCUCAUCGACCCCUCCUCCCGGGCCACCGAGUGGCUGAGAACACACCUGGCGCAGUCCCGCCUGGAGGUCAUCAAUCAGCAGGACUCUAACUUCAUGACGGCGCUGGAGCUGGCGGUCCGCUUUGGGAAGACCCUGAUCAUCCAGGAGAUGGACGGGGUGGAGCCUGUCCUCUACCCCCUGCUGAGACGGGACCUCAUCGCUCAGGGUCCCCGCUAUGUCGUCCAGAUCGGUGACAAAGUCAUCGAUUACAAUGAAGGAUUCCGCCUUUUCCUGGCCACCCGAAACCCCAGCCCCUUCAUCCCACCGGACGCGGCCUCCGUGGUGACCGAGGUCAACUUCACCACGACUAGGGCCGGGCUCCGGGGUCAGCUGCUGGCCCUGACCAUUCAGCAGGAGAAGCCAGAGCUGGAGACGGAGAAGACACGGCUGCUGCAGCAGGAGGAGGACAAGAAGAUCCAGCUGGCCAAGCUGGAGGAGUCCCUGCUGGAGACUCUGGCCACAUCUCAGGGAAACAUCCUGGAGAACAAGGAGCUCAUCCAGUCUCUGAACCAGACCAAGAGCAGCAGUGCCUUGAUCCAGGAGUCGCUCACAGAGUCACACCGCCUGCAGGCCUCCUUGGACCAGGAGCGAGAUGCCUAUCUGCCAUUAGCAGAGAGCGCCAGCACCAUGUUCUUCGUCAUAACGGACCUCUCCAAAAUUAAUAACAUGUACCGCUUCAGCUUGGCGGCCUUCCUCCGGAUCUUCCAGCGCGCGCUGCAGAGGGAGAAGGAGUCUGAGGGCACGGAGGCCCGCAUCCUCUCCCUGGAGGCCUGUCUGAAGACCCUGGUGUACGAGUACGUCUGCCGCUCGCUCUUCAAGGCCGACCGCCUCAUGUUUGCCCUGCACUUUGUCAAGGGGAUGCAUCCGGAACUCUUCCAGGAGAAUGAGUGGGAUGCGUUCACCGGGCUCAUCGUGGGAGACAUGGUCAGGAAGACGGAUCCUCAGCAGUCCUCCAGAGAGCAGGUCCCCUCCUGGAUCGACCAGGAGAGACUGGGAGCCGUGGCCAUGUUCAAGAACACGUUUCCGGCGCUGUGCCAGGCCCUGUGUCUGGGGGACUCGGACCUCUGGCUCUCGUUCUCACGGAGCUCCAGCUGCGAGCAGGAAUUCCCCCCCUCCAUCGCCAAGAAGGUCUCUCUGUUCCAGCAGGUGCUGGUGGUGCAGGCCAUCCGGCCAGACAGACUUCAAAGCGCCAUGGCUUUCUUUGCAUCACAGGCGCUGGGCAUGCGGGAGCUCUCCCCUCCCCCUCUCAACCUGCGGCGGCUUUUCCGCGAGACCCUGGAGACGGAGCCGGUCCUCAUCAUCAUCUCCCCCGGAGCCGACCCGUCUCAGGAGCUGCUGGAGCUGGCCGGGGAGACCGCGGGCCGGGAGGGCUACCACGAGGUGGCCAUGGGCCAGGGCCAGGCAGACAUUGCCGUUCAGACUCUGAGGGAGUGCGCUCGCAGCGGAGACUGGCUCUGCCUGAAGAACCUGCACCUGGUCACGGCCUGGCUCCCCCUGCUGGAGAAGGAACUGAACGUCCUGCAGCCCAAAGCGGGGUUCCGUCUGUGGCUCACUGCGGAGGUGCACCCCAAGUUCACCCCCAUUCUCCUGCAGUCCAGCCUGAAGAUUACAUAUGAGGCACCUCCAGGGCUGAAGAAGAACUUGAUGAGGACGUAUGAGUCCUGGUCCCCGGAGCAGAUCAGUAAGGGAGGACUGCUGCCCCGGGCCCAGUCCCUCUUCUGUCUGGCCUGGUUCCACGCAGUGUGUCAGGAGCGCCGGAACUACAUCCCCCAGGGCUGGACGAAGUUCUACGAGUUUUCUCUCUCGGAUCUGCGCGCCGGCUUCGAGAUCAUCGACAGGCUCUUUGACGGGGCGAAGGAGAUCCAGUGGGAGUUUGUGCACGGGCUUCUGGAGAACGCCAUCUACGGUGGACGCAUCGACAGCCUGAGCGACCUGCGUAUCCUGCGCUCCUACCUGCAGCAGUUCUUCAGCUCCAGGCUCAUCUCCGGCCCCCAGGGCCGCGGCAAGAAGGGCCUGGCUUUCCCCUCCCAGAUGAGCCUGCCCAACUCCUGCAGCAUCCUGGACUACCGCAGUGUGAUUGAGAACCUCCCCGAGGACGACAGACCGGGGUUCUUCGGCCUGCCCGCCAACAUCGAGCGCUCCUCCCAGCGCAUCGUCAGCACCCAGGUGAUUUCCCAGCUGAGGAUUCUGAGCCGGUCGGUUGCAGCUGGGUCCAAAUUCGACAGAGAGAUCUGGUCCAACGGGCUCUCCCCAGUGCUCAACCUGUGGAAGAAACUCAACCAGGGCUCGUCUCUGAUCCAUCAGAAGGUGGCCCCGCCCAGCGAGAGCCAGGGCUCUCCCGUGCUCUCGUUCGUGGUCCUGGAGCAGUUCAACGCCGUGCGCCUGGUGCAGAGCAUCCACCAAUCGCUGGCCGCCCUCAGUAAGGUGAUCCGGGGGACGUCCCUGCUGACCGCGGAGGUGCAGAAGCUGGCCACCGCGCUGCUCAACCAGGAGUGUCCUCUGGGCUGGCAGAGUAAGUGGGAGGGACCGGAGGACCCCAUGCAGUACUUAAGAGCUGUGAUGGCUUGUGCUCUCGCUAUACAGAGCUGGGUGGAGAGGGCGGAGAGACAGAGCUUGCUGUCAGACACUCUGGACCUGAGUGAACUCUUCCAUCCAGACACUUUCCUCAACGCGCUCAGACAGGAGACUGCCAGGGCGAUGGGCUGCUCCAUGGACAGUCUGAAGUUUGUGGCGUCCUGGAAGAGCAGAAUUGCGGAGGCGAAGCUCCAAGUGAAGAUUGGCGGUCUGAAGCUGGAAGGCUGCAGUUUUGAUGGAAAGCGCCUGUCUGAGAACCAGCACGACUCCCCCAGUGUGUCGGCCGUGCCUGCCUGCCACAUCGCCUGGGUUCCUCAGAGUGCCAGCGGCUGCUACACCCCUGAGGAGUGCAUUUCCCUGCCCGUGUACACGAGCGCAGAGCGCGUGCGCGUGGUCACCAACAUCGACGUGCCCUGCGGAGGGAGCCCUGACCAGUGGAUCCAGUGUGGAGCCGCUCUCUUCCUCAAACAGCAGUGAGGGCCGCCAGGAGCCAGUGGCCCCUUUCCUACAUUCUCAUAAAUUAUUCUUAGCAUUACUGUUAUUGUUAUAUAGUUAUCUUGUAAUUCAGUAUAUAUUCAUAUAUCCCUUGAACAAAUCUAUAGCACAGCCAUUGUAAGUGAGUAAGUGAGUUCAGUUGUAAUCGAUCAAUCAGUCGUAAUUGACGAGUUUCAUACAAAUGAUGUCAGUGUAAAUGUAUUUGUGUGUGUAUAUUUUGGAGUUAAAGAGAUGAAAGUGUGAGUAUAUUUUAUACGGUAAUAAAUAUGACAGAGAAUGUA